AUGAUCGUCGAGGUCGAGGUGCACAAGGGCGACCAUGGCUUUGGCAUUUACUUCACGCGCGACGAGUCACGGGUCCUCGUGGAAGGGUUUGUUCGUGCCGAAGAUGGCACUGCUGGACCUGCCGAAGAUGCAGGCACGAUUGCAGUGGACGACGUGCUCGAGCAAAUCAACGGCCUCGACAUCACGCACAUGGCCAUGGUUGACGUGAUUUAUCAACUCCGCGCCGCUCCCAAGGGUCCCAACCUACUCACGUUUCGGCGGCGUGACGAACAUCGAUGUAGUGAUCCUUGCGAGUGUACUGCACAAGUGACUGUGUCGAACAACGACAAUAUCGACGACGACCUGCGGUCGCCCGCGUGGUGGGCCGAGUUUGAAAAGCUCCAAGCGGCCGAAGACGCUAAAUGGAGCGCAUCGAUUCUGUCGGAAGCCGAGUUUUGCGAUCACUUGUACGCCGAGAGCGAUGCGCAGCAUAAAUCGUACCUACGCCAGCAAUAUCCAGUGCUCAUGGCUAAGUUUCAAGCUAGCUUCGACGUAUGCAUCCAAGCCCCAUGCCUUCGAUGA